AUGGGUUUCAAGUACCUGAAUGUUAUGGCUCACAUGCGUAGGCUAAAACUUAGCUUCCGCCUCUGCGCUGACAUCCCCAAAAAUGAUUGCUCUCCCUGUAGAAGAGGCGCUAGAGGAAUAGAAAUCUGCUCUGGUGAAGGUUCUUCAUUCGAUCCGCCAGUGAGGUCAUCCGACUGCUCCAAAGUUUCGAAUUCGCUGCCCGAUCAUGAAUGUAAGUCUAGGACUCAGUCGAGAUCUGGCAACAGAUGCGGACUUCAUUCUGGCCCUUCUUCGAUCGAUUGUAGGCGCUCGCCGAAUUGUGUUAGAGGAGAAAGAGAGGGUCCCAGGCCUUUUUGCUUGAACAGAAGUGAUGUUGGCCCUUCAAACUCAAUGAGGGACGACCCCAGGCUGUCGCAGUUAGGACAUCAUCACCUGCACUCUGAUAGGGAUAGAGAACUUCUCCCUAAAUAA